AUGAAAAGUGUCAAAUGGUAUUUAUUUCAUUAUCAUAUCAUAACUUUCUUCAUCGAGUUAACCCUAAACAAUCUCAUUGCACCAUUGGUUUUUCUUCCAUCUGCUGCAGUAUAUCCCAAUGGACUUCUCAUUGAUUUAGGAUUUCCUUUCAAAUUAGUGAUGUACAUAGCUGAUAUUAGUUUUAUCGCUCUCUCCUUAUCUAUGCUCAUGAUAUUCGAAAACCGUCAAAGCCAAAUUGUGACAAUUCCAUAUAGAAUGACUCGACCCUCAACUAAGCUUAUUUUCUACGCCUGCCAUUAUAUGUUUUUCCCAGUUUUACCUCUUUUCUACUACCUUGAUGAUUUUGAUCAAAGCGCUGCUAAACUAGAAAUUCUAGAAAUUAUUCCUUGCCCAGAACCUCAUUUUUUUCUUGAACGGACUCAAAUUGUAACUGUGAAGAUGGAGUUAUCGUCUACUAUUAGUAGCCUGAUGGUAUUAUACUAUACUAUCAUUAUUCUUUUUUAUGCAAUUCAAAGUGGUUAUUACUUGCUGAAAAGGCCAACUUCUUACACUUCUGACUCAAUGCGACUCAUGCAAAGAAAGUUUUUCUUCAUUCUGUCAAUUCAAAUAGUUGUUCCAAUUUUCUUUUUGUUUAUCCCAAAUGCGAUAUAUUAUGGUGUGUCCACGGCUGACCAAUUUGUCAGUAGUAUGACUGUAAUAUUUGUUAGUCUUCAUGGUAUGAUAUCUAGUAUUUGUCUUAUUGUACUUCACAAACCGUAUCGAGAUUUCACUUGGGAUCAAUCGAUUGGAAGAUUUCAUAUUCUUUCACCGUUCUCUGUUAUUUUGGGAGUUUAUGGAAUUAUUGUGAUAGUGGUUGCCACCCCAAAAUCUAUGGAAAGUGCUAAAUGGUUCAUACUUCAUUUACAUGUAGCAACAUUUUACAUAGAAGUAGUCAUAAAUGUUAUGCUCAUGCCGUUCAUGUUCCUACCAACUGGCGCCAUCUAUUCUUCUGGACUUCUGAUGCAAACCGGAUUUUCUUUUAAGAUUGGACAUAUUAUUGGACAAGAAGCAUUUCCAGAAUACGGGCUCGCAAUCUUAAUGCUCUAUGAAAACCGACACAGUCUCAUCACAACUAUACCGUAUAGAAUAACAAGAAAACGUUCCAAAGUUGCAUUUUAUACGAUUCACUACUUGACGGCAAUGAUUGUACUCGUCAUAUUUUACAUGGAAAUUGUAGACAAUGAGACAGAGAAACUGAAAACUUUACAAGUGAUCUCUUGUCCAGAUGUUCAUUUCUUUGACGAGAAAACUAAAAUUUUGAGUACUAAUGUAUCAAUUGUCUAUAUAUGUGGAGGAUCAGAAGUGCUGUAUUUCUGUGGAAUAACUGGAAUUUUUGCACUUCAAAAAGCGGUUCUUCUUCACAUUAUCCGUACAGUUAACAAUCCCCUUGGUAGUUUUAUUCAUUCCACUGUUGAUAUUUUAUGUGACAAUUUCAAAUGGAAUAAUAGAGCAAUUCCUCAACGCACUAGUAGUUAUCACUUUCUCGUUUCAUGGGAUCAUAUCAAGUACAUCUUUGAUCCUACUUCACAAACCGUAUCGCAACUUCACGUGGAACAGAUCGAUCGGAAGAUGGAUGAGAGAUUCAUCGUCUCAAAGUGUGGAACCAAGUUUCAAACCUAG